AUGGUGAAACCAGGUGGAGGUCCAAUGAGAUUGUUCUUCUCACCGAUUUUUGACACCCUAAAAGGUUGCUUAGAAGCUGAAGUGUCAUUUGAGGUAUCCAUGGAAUGCAGAUGCCAAAGAAAGUCAUAUAUCUUGAUCUUAACAACAAAAAUGAAGAGUUGGAAUGGAGUUAAACCAUACUUAGCCGUCAUCUUUAUGCAAUUUGGGAUUGCAGGGCUAGCCAUAAUCGCGAAGUUUGCCCUUAACAAAGGUAUGAGUCACUACUCGUUUGUAGUUUACAGGCAAGCUGUGGCCGCCAUUGUCAUCUCUCCUUUCGCCCUCGUUCUCGAAAGGAAGGUGAGACCGAAUAUGAGCGUCUCCAUUUUCAUCAAGAUAGCACUACUCGGUUUGCUAGAGCCAGUAAUCGAUCAAAACCUCUAUUAUGCGGGCAUGCAGUACACGACAGCUACAUUUGUUUCUGCAUUAAGCAACACUGUUCCAGCCUUAACUUUUAUCAUGGCUUGGAUUUUCAGGCUUGAAAAGGUGAAUUUAAGGGAAGUUCGGAGUUUGGCGAAGGUAGGUGGAACAAUGGUGACAAUUGGAGGAGCAACAAUAAUGACUCUUGUUAAAGGUCCAGGAGUCAAAUUGCCAUGGAUUAAAAGAGAUUAUAAUCAUGUUACUAAUACUUCUUAUCAUCAAGACCCUAUUAAGGGUGCUAUUAUGAUCACUUCUGGUUGUAUGGGUUGGGCAGCCUUUGUCAUUUUACAAGCUAUUACAUUGAGAUCAUACCCAGCUGAAAUGUCCCUAACCGCGCUGAUGUGCUUUGCGGGUGCCGUAGAAGGUGGUAUAAUUGCACUUAUUAUGGAACGUAACACUUCCAUUUGGUCACUCCACUGGGAUCCCAAGUUAUUAGCUUAUAUCUACAGUGGAGUAGUUUGUUCGGCGAUUGGAUUUUUUUUGCAAGGAAAGAUAAUGCAAGAAAAAGGCCCUGUUUUUGUGACCGCUUUUAAUCCGUUAAGCAUGGUUAUUGUCGCUAUCCUUGGGUCCUUCAUCCUAGCUGAGCAACUUACUCUGGGCAGGAUCACUGGAGCUGUGGUAAUAGUUUCAGGACUAUAUAUUGUGAUAUGGGGGAAGAGCAAGGAUAAGGACCAGACGUCGCAUAACACGACUGAACAAAUUCUGCCAAUUGACUCACCAAAGACUAAUCAAGGCUCAACUAAAGAUGAUGCAAGUGUUGAUAAUGAUGUCAACAUGCACAAAGAGAUCCCUUAGCAAUGCAAAGUAAAAUUAAAAAUAUAUAAUCAUAAAUCGCAGCUUAUCGCCAUAAAAUUUUGCCUUUUAAUUUCUUGCUUUUCCGUUUGUUGUACUUUUAUUGUCCGCGGUGAUAUGAGAUUUUUGAUAUAUAUA